CAUGAGUGGUUGCUCCGUGAGCUCUCAACAGCUCUACCAAGUUGGAGUAGCGAGGUCAGGUACCCCAUAAUCAUCAGCCUUCUUUUGUACACAUUGUAUUGCAACCCUCCCAAACCAACACUUUUUUAACUUCUAGGUCAUCCUUUGAUUUUACCCAACAACCGUGUGAAGUCCUACCCCAUCGGCUUCGCCCUUACAACGAUGAACGGCGGAAGCGACCCUGAGAGAGAGCAGGCGCUCGAAGAUUACAAGAAGAGCUUACUAGAGCUUCGAGAAUGGGAAGCUAAGCUCAAGAAUCUGCGUAUGGGCAUCAAGGACCUGCAGAGAGAGUUUGAUAUCUCCGAAGAGAACAUCAAGGCCUUGCAGAGUGUCGGUCAGAUCAUUGGCGAAGUGUUGAAACAACUGGAUGAGGAGCGAUUCAUCGUUAAGGCGUCAUCCGGUCCCCGAUAUGUUGUCGGCUGUCGCUCCAAGGUCGAUAAAUCGAAACUGAAACAGGGCACUCGCGUUGCCCUAGACAUGACAACACUCACGAUUAUGCGGAUGCUCCCGCGUGAAGUUGACCCGCUGGUAUACAACAUGUCCUUGGAGGACCCUGGUCAAAUCAACUUCGCGGGUAUCGGUGGUCUGAACGAUCAAAUCAGAGAGCUUCGAGAAGUGAUCGAGUUGCCAUUGAAGAACCCCGAACUAUUUCAGAGAGUUGGUAUCAAGCCGCCCAAGGGUGUAUUACUUUAUGGUCCUCCCGGUACCGGAAAGACAUUGCUGGCACGAGCCGUGGCAAGUUCGAUGGAAACCAAUUUCUUGAAGGUUGUCUCGUCCGCGAUCGUCGACAAGUACAUUGGUGAAUCUGCGCGGUUAAUAAGAGAGAUGUUCGGUUAUGCAAAGGAACACGAGCCCUGUAUCAUCUUUAUGGACGAAAUUGAUGCUAUCGGUGGCAGGCGUUUCUCUGAGGGUACUUCGGCCGACAGAGAAAUUCAGAGAACAUUGAUGGAGCUUCUGAAUCAGCUGGAUGGCUUCGACUACCUUGGAAAGACGAAGAUCAUCAUGGCGACCAACCGACCAGAUACCCUUGACCCUGCUCUGCUCCGUGCCGGUCGUCUGGACCGGAAGAUCGAGAUCCCCCUUCCCAACGAGGUUGGCCGUCUGGAGAUCCUGAAGAUUCACUCCAGCACCGUCCAGCUGGAGGGCGAGAUUGAUUUCGAAAGCGUCGUGAAGAUGAGCGAUGGUCUUAACGGUGCCGAUCUGCGUAACGUGGUUACGGAAGCUGGACUUUUCGCCAUCAAGGAUUAUCGGGACGCAAUCAGCCAGGACGACUUCAACAAAGCGGUUCGCAAGGUCGCGGAGGCAAAGAAGCUGGAAGGCAAGCUUGAAUACCAGAAACUGUAGUUUUACAGCCCGAUUACUUUUAUGCCAAUGACCUCAUUCAUUCAUGAAUGGCCACCUCGGAAUUAGACAGAAUCUACCACAAUAUCAUGAGCAUUAAUUCCUGCCUUCA